UUUGUCUGAAGUCUCUGCACAACAUUUCUCGUUGAAGAGUAUUCUACGAAAUACAGCCACGAUGUUACGUUUAUUAUUGAUCCUUGCGGUUACUUGUUUGACUCUAGCAGUCCCACACGAGAAAUUGGUUGAGAAGCGCAGCCCCAUUAUACCGAUCAUAGAGCAGUACCACGUUAUAGAGGGACAAAUGGACUGGUAUGAAGCAAAAGCUGCAUGUGAAGCAAAUAAUUGGGAACUCGCACAACCCAGAACUCAGUUCCAAAUGAACGAGAUAAUGAAAUUAUAUGUGGCAGGUUUUUAUUGGCUUGGUAUAAGCGAUCUGAAACAUGAAGGGACUUUCACUUACUGCUGGGAUGACAUGCCAAUUACCUACGAGAACUGGGAUGUAGGCGAGCCAAAUAAUGAAAACGGGAUUGAGCACUGUGUUGAGGUCUGGAAAUUAGAUGGUAAAUGGAAUGAUGUUGAUUGUAACAUAUCACGAGCCAAUGCAUUUUGCGAGCAGCAUGGUGGCGAUGGUGAGCCUCAUAUGAGGACAUUCGAUGAACGUACUUAUAAUUUCCAAGGAAUAGGCUGGUACUAUCUUUUCAAGGACUGCAACGACCACCCUCGUUUUGAAGUCACAACCAAAUUUGAACCAAGAGAAGAUAGUACACCAGACAAUAUCAAGACGCGAACUAUUGCAAUCAAUGUAACUGUUGGAAAUCAAUACGCAAUCAUUGAUGGACGUGAUGUCACUACAGGACGUACAGGUGGACACGUGACUGACGCAAAAGUUAUAACAGUCCAGGAAGAAGAGAAGGAUAUUAAACUUCAUUUCACUUCAAAGGACACGACAUUCUCUCUUAAAUGGACUUUGAGAAAGCACGUGUUAGAUGUAUCCUUGUCUGGCUCUUUUUACAGCGGUAAGCUAUGCGGUCUGAUGGGUAAUGCAGAUGAUGAUCCCCGCAAUGACUUUCAGAAACCUGAUGGUACUAUUACCAAGAGCGCUAUUGAAUUUGGUGAAAGCUGGAAAGUAACUGACAAGAAAUGAGACUAAGAAAGCCAACAACUGACGAAACGACGGUCGUCGUGACAGCUUCAUUAGUUUUAGAGAUCCAUAUUUGUUAACAUCUUAUGAUGGUGUUUUUUGCGGGAAAUAGUAGAUAUGUUCUAUUGCAUCCAUAGCUCAUCAAGAUUAGUUCAAUAAACAGUAAGCACAAUCAUAUCACA